GCUCUCAGCUUUAAUUUUUCUUGUCCCAUCAGUCAAGCAAGGUUUAAAUUUCCUGUGAUCAAAUUAUCAUUAAAAUGCUAUAAAUUUAGUGAAAUUCUUGUGAAAAUAAUGAAAAUAUAGAAACAAGAAAAAUAAACACAAAAAUGUCUACUGUAAAAGCAGCUCCUCCAAAGGAACAAGCAAAAACACCUCCACCACCACAGCUAUUACCAAAAAUUAUAAAUGGCGGCAUCGCGGGCAUCAUCGGCGUGUCCGUAGUGUUCCCCAUCGACUUGGUGAAGACGCGACUGCAGAACCAGGUCAUUGGCCCUAAUGGCGAGAGACAGUACAAAAACAUGUUGGAUUGUUUUAAGAAGACAUACGCCCAAGAGGGAUACUUCGGCAUGUACCGCGGUUCGGCGGUCAACAUCAUACUCGUCACGCCCGAGAAAGCCAUCAAGCUGGCUUGCAACGAUAUGUUCCGCUACUACCUCACUUUGCCUGAUGGGACCCUGCCGAUUUUCCGGCAGAUGAUCGCGGGCGGUGGGGCGGGCGCGUGCCAGAUCGUCGUCACCACGCCCAUGGAGCUACUGAAGAUCCAGAUGCAGGACGCGGGCCGCCUGGCUGCGCAAGCGAAAAAAGAGGGCAAGAAGUUCGAGCGUCAGUCGGCGAUGCAGUUGAUCAGAAAGCUGCUGGCGGAGCGCGGCAUCAUGGGGCUGUACAAGGGGCUCGGCGCCACCGCCGCCCGCGACGUGUCCUUCAGCAUCAUGUACUUCCCCAGCUUCGCCAUCCUCAACGACAUGGGGCCGAGGCAGCCCGGCGCCAGCGGCCCGCCCUUCUGGUGGUCGUUUAUUUCGGGGUGCGUCGGGGGCUCGUUGGCCGCGUUAGGCGUCAACCCCCUCGACGUGGUGAAGACGCGCAUGCAGACGCUCACCAAGGGCGCGGGCGAGCGCCAGUACACCGGCAUCGUCGACUGCAUCACGUCGACGCUGAGGAACGAGGGCAUCACGGCGUUCUUCAAGGGCGGCGCCUGCCGUAUGAUGGUGAUCGCGCCGCUCUUCGGCAUCGCGCAGGCCAUCUACUACAUCGGCAUCGCAGAGUCUCUGUUCGGCUACCCGAGAUAAACCAACUGAUAUCGAUAUCACUUCUUGUUGAUCCUUUACCAAAUAUUGCGCGCGAAUCGAUGGAAACAAAUUUAAUUGCAGAUUAGAUUACUAGUUCUCUUCGGGGAGUAAAUGGGCUUUCAUUGAACCAGUGAGCCGGUCGACACUUUCCGACAGUCGACACUGGCGUCACUUAUCAAGGUGUAAUAAAAUCAUACAAAAUAAUAGAACAUAAGUAUUUCAAUAUUAAAUUAACAGCGGAAGUCACAAAACUUAUUAAAAGCAGAACAAAUAUUGUUCAGAAACUUUAUACACUUAUUAUUGUUAUUAAAAAUCAAUUGUUUACGUUUUAAGCCCUUCUGUUACGCUUAUAGUUCAAUUGUUUUAAAUUUAAGUACUUUAAGUUACUUUAGUCAAGAGCAAUUAAAGUGAUAUUACUUUAUAUAUUGUUACCGUAAUGUUAUUAUCACUCUGCUGAAGUAAGGGCUCGCUGAAUAAUUAAAUUCAAUGAAAUGUAUAUUUUUAGAUUCACACACUACGAGUGAAUUCUUAGAUAACAUGUUACGCAAAAUUGAAAAUCCGUAUAAAAGACACAGUUUUCUGUAACUAGAGAAAACAAAACGAUGGACGUGGGUUCUUCAUUUCAACAACUUCAUUUCUGGCUGUGUAUAUUGUAUUGUUAUUUUAAUUAAAUUUAUAUAAUUUUUAUUGCUUCUUUUACAUAAUAAUUAUAAUAUAUAUUUAUAGCCAAGGAUGUGAAAUAUUAUGAAGUAAAAUGAUAUGAUAGUGUUUGGUUCUGUCUAACAGAACGUUCUCCUAAAGACAUCGGUCGUCCAUUAUUAAAUUUAGUCGCUUGUUCGUAUCUGUUUAAGGAUGUCGGUAUGUUUUAUCAGUGAUGAUGACAAUAAUAUCACGUGUGUAAAAUAGCGAACUAGGUAGAAUGAAGUUAAC